AUGUCACCUAUUCUCUAUCUUCCUUCUCAAGUCAUGACCUCUGAGCAGGCAGUGAGCAGAGUACAGGAUCUCAUCGACAAUUAUCGCCGCCACACGGAGGUACCCUCGUCGACACUACCCACGGCGAUGCGCCUGAUAAUUCGACAAGCUUUCGAGGAGUUGGCGCAUUGGACUAUGCGCAUUGAAAUAUACCUCCCCCAGCUACCUAUGUUCUUCCCCGACGAUAUUGUGCGCCAAAUCAUCAUCAUCGUAAGCAGUGCACACGCCAACUGA